AUGGACGACGACCACGAAGAACCCCUUCUGAACCUCUCAGAUGUUGUCCAUGACGAGACUAUGGAUGACCAUGACCAAGGAACAAGCUCUCCCCAUUUACACGUCGAUCAUUCCUCUUCCACCAACUUGCACAAUGGUUAUAGUGAUUCUUCCCCUUCCCCAGAUAGGUUCAGCAGCGUCACAAACUUCUCUGUAGAAGUCCUAGAACGCGAAAUAGCCACGUUGCUGAACCAAAACGCGACUGCCGCGUCUGCAGCACUCCUUCACGCAGCCGCUCAGCAACGCCAGGCCAGCCUUAGCUCAGAUAAUGAGGUUGGGGAGGACAGUCCCAACGCUGAGGAUCAAAUCGCUUCUCUGGGACUCAAUAUUGGCAGCCUAGCUGCAAUGCUCCAUGCUGCGCAAGCCCACGCAGCUGAAGCCGACCGUUCUGCCCAAGACCUUGCGAAAGGCUCGACCUUUCCCCCACACCGUCAAGACACCCUUCGUGGAGAGAAUGAACCUAGGCCCACCCGUUCCGCCCCCGCAUUCCACUCACUCACCGCAAAGGAGUCCUCGACAUCCGAUUCUGCCCAAAACAGAAGCCGCCCAGAUGCUUCAGGUUAUCUAUACACCUCGGACGGUGAUGAUGGGAAUGCAGUAGAAACGAGGAGAACUCUGCGUGACACACGGGAUUCGGCGACUCCAUCUCGAGCCGCAAGUCCAAGCAUCGGAUCCGGUAUACGAACGUCAGGAGGAGACGAACUGACUGACAUAAACGAUAUCUUCCAGCACCUGUCCACACCGUUUGCAACUGAGUCACAAACACCUGACUCAUCACCUGUCGUACCCCACAGCCAACCUCCCGAAGCAUCAACUUCUUCCCCUGGUCAAGUCGUUCUAUCACCCUCGAAUCGUCCCCCUGCGGCGCCCGUCGCCUCGACCUCUUCUCUUCCCUCGACAUCUGCGCCACCGAAGAGGGUUCGCAAAAAGAAAGGUCAAGAGUCUGCCCCGUCGCACUCUCAUAUCUGCAAUUAUGAAGACUGCUCGAAGACCUUCACUCGCCGCAGCGAUUUAGCACGGCAUCAGCGGAUACACACGGGUGAACGUCCCUUUAUAUGUUCAUUUGACGGGUGCGGGAAGACAUUUAUACAGCGGUCAGCUUUGCACGUCCACUCCCGAGUACAUACCGGCGAAAAACCCCACUGCUGUGAAUAUCCCGGAUGCGGUAGAACGUUUGGCGACUCCAGCAGCCUUGCGCGUCAUCGCAGGACCCACACCGGCAAGCGACCUUAUAAAUGCGAUAAUGCUGGCUGCGAAAAGACGUUCACGAGACGUACAACCCUAACCCAGCACAUGAGAAUUCAUGAUCCUAACUGGGCACCGGAUCCUAACGUGCGAUAUAGCUUUAAAUCAAAAAAGCGAAAGGUGGGCGAGGACACCCACGAUUUAGAGGAAUCCAUGCGAAGCAUCUCGGCCUUGCUGCACCCCGGGCAUCCGCCGACUAUACAAGCCCAGGCGCCUCUAGCCGCUCAAAUAGCUAGCAUAAGCACCGAGAUAGCUGCAGCGCUCGCCCAAGCCCACGCCAGAGAAUAUCAAGAAGAUGACUAUGGCGACCGGGAAGAGGUAUUCGGAUCGGGACAAGAGGUGAGCGGGCCGGAGACGAUUGGACCCAACACCAGCGGAAUCCGCGGGGAGGAUCCUUACGAGGAAGAUGAGACCGAUAGUCCACGAGCUGUCGAGGCUGCACUCUUAGCGGGGGACGACGACGAUGAUAGCGAUGCGUUUCCCAUUCCGCUAAGGACGCGGAGGGGCAAAGACAGCAUACCUGUACUGGGAAGUAAGAGGAAAAGAUGA